CCUUUAAGCUAAGCUUGAAGUGACCUCAUCAGCAGCUGCAGCGCGAGGCGGAGCUGCAACUUUUGUAUGAACUUCGAAGUUGAAUAAUUGUGAACGAGACGCUGGGGCCGCCAAACGGUGCUGCUUCUGGAGUAGAUAAAGCAAUACAGUUAAAAUUCUCCCGCGACACACGGGAAAACAGCAGGAAUAACGGCCACACACAGACUGCACUCGGCUGGCGAAUAUUACGAGGCGGAGAGAUCCUCGUGUCGGACUUUUAUCAGAAGAUUUUGUGGUAGAAGAGACCGCACGAGAGCAGCGAGAGCUGGAGAAGGGAAGAAGUUCUGCAUAAAGGGAUGAGAGGAGGAAGGUCAGAUCACCUAAUGGUCAGCACACAUGCCCGAUUCAGACUCACUUUAAAGUUCACUUUCAUCGUCCAAUUAUCUUUCCUCCAUUCUCUGGCCUCUCCAGCUGAGUGGCUGUCCAUGUUCCAAAAACUUGGUUAUUUCAGUUACACCGCGGGCAUGCUCCAGUGCUGAGCUCCGUACCAUGACCAGUCUAAAGCGUUCACAGACCGAACGCUCUGUGGGCGGCUCUGUUCCUGCCACUGAUGAGUUUUAUACUCGCCGUCUGCGCUUGCCCAAUGGAGGUGCUCCGCCCCCUCGCAGCGAGAGCACCCACUUGACUGGGACACCUGGAGUUCCCAAAAUGGGUGUUCGAGCGCGGGUCGCCGACUGGCCCCCCAGGAAAGAUGGUGGCAGUGGAGGAAGUGGAGGAGGGGGUGGAAAUGGAGGUGGUGUGUGGCACAUCACAGUGGAGACCGAUUCCCCUUCCACCACCACAGGUAGUGCCCAGAGCAACUUGUCAAGCAAGCUUGGUCACCUGAUCAGCCCUCAGGAUUCAUCCAUGCUACGUAACAUUCACAACACACUGAAAAACAAGAUGCAUAGCAAAGGCAAAGACAAUCGCUUUCUCUCCCCCGAUGGGUAUCUCGGGUCGCCCCGGAAGGGUAUGCGGCGUAUACGGCAGCGCAGCAACAGCGACAUAACCAUAAGUGAACUAGACGGCGAUGGUGGUGAGGGAUGGUCUUUCUCAGGAUGGACGCCCAUGCAUCGAGAGUAUGGUAGUACCUCAUCCAUCGAUAAGCAUGGUGUGUCUGGCGAAAGCUUCUUUGACAUGCUCAAAGGCUACCAGACCGAUGCUCCAGACCAGCGCAGCCCUGCCCCUGAAAAGUUGAGCGAGUUGCUGACAGUAGCUCAUAAACAAUCUGCCCUCGACUUACCUGAUGGACCUCUUGGUCCUCCUCGUGGCAGUCCCGCCAGUCGCCUGAAAGAAAGAGAAAAACACAUGAAGAGGCGUUCGAAGUCAGAGACUGGUGGAGAAUCUAUAUUCCGCAAGCUACGUAGCGUCAAAGCUGAAGGUGAUUCGUCACGUGCAGGUUCCGACGCAGAGGAUGGAAAGUCAGAUGACGUGGGUCCUCCUCCAAAACCAUGGGUUUGCCAGAAAGGUUUCGCACACUUUGAUAUCCAGAGUAUUCUGUUUGACCUGAACGAGGCUGUGCAGAGUCGGCAAAGCGCUGUGAAGCGGAAGAACACCACCACUGGUGCCUCUGCUGCAGCCGCGGCCUCGGCUUCAAACACAUCCUCUCUCUCUUCCACCCAAAGCGGAGCUUACGGCUCCCCUUGUGGCAGCCAGGAAGAGCUCAGCAUUAAGGAUGGGCCUUCUCUUGACUCAGGUGAUGACAAAAGCAAUGAUUUGGUUCUCAGCUGCCCAUGUUUCCGUAAUGAAAUUGGUGGUGAAGGAGAACGGAACAUCAGCCCUUCGAAACAGGGCAGUAUCGGCAGUGGUGCCUCUAGCUCUUCAAGAGAUGAAGAAGGGUCCCCUGAAAGAGCUCCCAACACCCAUUUUAGCAAUGCAGGGGUGGCUGUUCUUGAAGCCCCCAAGGAUGGCAAGAGUCUCCACCAUGAUCGUGGAAAGAGCAACAUAGUUGAACAUGUGGACUUGGGUGCUUAUUAUUACAGGAAGUACUUCUAUUUGAGAGAGCACUGGAACUACUUAGGUGUCGAUGAGACACUGGGACCUGUAGCUGUCAGCAUUCGUCGGGAAAAACUGGAAGAUCACAAAGAGCACGGCCAGCAAUACAACUACAGAAUCAUCUUCAGAACCAGUGGGUUAACAAACUUACGGGGCUCCAUUUUGGAGGAUGCUGUGCCCUCCACCUCCAAGCAUGGCUUGGCUCGAGGCCUGCCUCUGAAGGAGGUGUUGGAGUACCUUGUACCUGAGCUCAAUGCCCACUGCCUCCGUCUUGCUCUCAACACACCGAAGGUCACAGAGCAGCUGAUGAAACUGGAUGAGCAGGGGCUCAGUUUCCAGCUGAAGGUGGGAAUCAUGUACUGUCAGGCCGGCCAGAGCACCGAGGAGGAGAUGUACAAUAAUGAGGCAGCAGGUCCUGCCCUAGAAGAGUUCCUGCAGUUGCUGGGGGAAAGGGUGCGCCUUAAGGGUUUUUCUAAGUACCGUGCCCAACUGGACACUAAAACGGACUCUACCGGAACACAUUCUUUGUACACAAAUUUUAAAGACUAUGAGAUCAUGUUCCAUGUGUCUACAAUGCUGCCCUACACGCCCAAUAACAAACAGCAGCUGUUAAGGAAAAGACAUAUUGGAAAUGACAUCGUCACAAUCGUGUUUCAAGAGCCUGGAGCAAAACCCUUUAGCCCCAAGAACAUCCGAUCACACUUUCAGCAUGUCUUUGUGGUUGUACGAGCACAUAACCCAUGCUCCGAAAACACCUGCUAUAGCGUGGCAGUGGCUCGCUCACGAGAUGUACCUGCCUUUGGACCGCCUAUUCCCGAGGAUGCUACGUUUCCGAAGUCUACCGUCUUUCGAGAUUUCCUGCUAGCCAAGGUCAUCAAUGCUGAGAAUGCAGCCCACAAGUCGGACAAGUUCCGCGCCAUGGCCACUCGGACGCGACAGGAGUACUUGAGGGACCUGGCCGAACGGCAUGUUACAAGCACACCUAUCGAUCCUUCGGGCAAAUUUCCUUUUAUUUCUCUGGCCCACAAGCGUAAGGAAAAGACUCGGCCAUAUUUUGGUGGAGAGCUGCGUAGCCCAGGAGCCAUCACCUGGCCUGUUUAUGCCGAGGACCAUGGAGCCGGAGGAGAACUAGAGGCCCUGCUGGCCAUUUCAAAUGACUUUCUAGUGCUGGUGGACCCAGAAGCCAAGGCUGUUGUCUUCAACUGCGCUGUCCGAGAUGUCAUUGGUUGGACGCUGGGAAGCCCUGCUUCCAUGAAGAUCUACUAUGAACAUGGAGAGAGCAUCUCCCUGCGCUCCAUCAAUAACAACACAGAAGACUUCCGCGAGGUUAUCAAACGUUUAGAGCACCUCACUAAAGGCUGUGAGACAUCUGAGAUGACCUUGAGGAGGAAUGGCCUGGGCCAGCUUGGUUUUCACGUUAACUACGAAGGCAUCGUGGCAGAGGUGGAGCCGUAUGGCUAUGCCUGGCAAGCGGGGCUGAGGCAAGGCAGCCGGUUGGUCGAAAUUUGCAAGGUGGCUGUGGCAACACUUUCACACGAGCAAAUGAUAGACCUGCUCCGCACCUCAGUAACUGUGAAAGUUGUCAUCAUACCACCCCAUGAGGAUGCCACUCCUCGCAGGGGCUGUUCAGAACUGCACCGCAUGCCAGUCGUUGAAUAUAAAGGCAGCAAUGAGAGCGGCUCAUUUGAGUACAAGUUUCCUUUCCGGAGCAAUAACAACAAAUGGCAGCGCACCUCGUCCAGCCCACAGCAGUCCCUCACCGCCUCACCUCAGAGUCACAGUGGAACCCCGAACCGUGCCGUCAGCCUGGGGGCCAGCAUGGGCAAGACCCUCUCUGCCGAACGGCCCGAAAGAGCUGCUGCCAUCCCCCGUAGCGUGUCCAGUGACGGCCGACCUCUGGACUCUAAAAGGAUGUCUCCAGGUUCUGAGAACUAUGCCCUGACCUCGUCUCUCAUGUUGGGCCGCUCGCCACACAACCGCAGUUCCCCCAGUAACCUCUCCUGCUCCAGUGACACGGGCUCAGGGAGCGCCGCUCACUGGAGGCAGAAGUCCAUGCCAGAGGGAUUUGCACUCAACAGGCACUCUCCUCUCCCAACGGAGCGGCAAAUAAUGGCAGAGGAUGGAAGCAGCGGCAAGUCGACCCCCAGCUGGCCCAGAGUGGAGGACAGCUCUGACAGACCACCAUCAGAUGCUCCAGUCACUAAGUCUAGCUCGUCCUACUCAGGUGGCCCACGCAUCCAGAGACAGGAACAGGUCAUUCAUCUUUCACCCAAGAAGGGCAGCCAGUCUGAGGGUCCAUACUCCCAAUCUAGCAGUAAUACGCUCUCCAGCACCGGGUCUAGUGGGGGUCACAGCGAUGACAAGUGGUAUGAUCUGGGCAGUGGAGGGAUGGGAGACCAGCCGGACUCUGAGCCGAAUGGACUGGGUGGUGGGUAUCUGCAGGGUGCUUCAGCCGACAGCGGCAUCGAUGCUACAUCAUACGGCCCCACCCAUGGCAGUUCCAGCUCUCUGCUGGCUGUGGGAGCUACUGGUGCUAGAGAAAGAGCUCCCUCACCCUGGCACAGCCCCACAGAAGGGGGCCGCAGGGUGCUCGAGAGGUCCCCUCCUGUUGCUGAGUCCCCAGUGUCCCCUCCAGAAGGGCCGCCUACUACCCGAAGCCCACCGACCCAUCUACUGGUCCGGGAUGGCAGUUCCUACAGUCUGGGUGACAUGGCCUCUUUUUCUAGCACACGCCACUCUGUCAGCCCUGCCGUCCUGAGCUCUAGCCACAGCUCCCCACGUGAAGAGUCUUCCUCAACCACCUCCCCCUCCUCCUCCUCCUCCCAGAGCUCAGUGUCACCUGGCCCUAAGAGUUUCUAUCCGCGCCAGGGGGCCACCAGCAAAUACCUGAUCGGCUGGAGGAAACCAGGCAGCACCAUCAACUCUGUGGACUUUGGGGACACACGCAAAAGACCACAGGGUGAGGGGACAGACCCCGGGUCUUCUCAGUCCAGGCCCUCUCUUAGGGAUCUGCACUCUCCUCAAGCCAUGUGCAAGUCCACAGUGGAAGAAGAUCUGAAGAAACUUGUGUCGCCAGAAAGUCCCCCAUCCAAGCAGCACAAGGACAAGUCCUCCUCAGGUCCAGUGAGCUCAGGCAGGCGUUCUCUGCACCGCACACUGUCAGAUGAGAGUAUAUACCGGGGUCAACGGCUGCCGUCUCUAGGAGAUUCAAUCCUGGAGCAGGCUCUGGCCAACGAGGUGCUCUUCAGCUGCUCUACCCUUCCACGUUCCCCAACCACCCGUGGCGCCCCACUGCGCAGACCUUCCUACAAAAUGGGCAUCAAGAUGCAUGGUGACCUCUCAGCGUCUGACACCUCUCUAGCAGACCUGCACGAGCGACAGAGGCCCCCUCCUCCUGAACUGGGUCUCAUGCCCCUCCCGGACACAGACACAGACAGCGGCCUGGACUGGACUCACCUCGUAGAUGUUGCCAAUGCUUUCGAGGGUGAGAGAAGACCACAGCGCAUGCAGCGAGGGUUUAUGUUUAGUUCUCAAGACGUCAGUCAGAGAGGAGAGACUUCACUCAGUCCUCAGCAUGUAGAGCUGCAGCCAGUGCCCCACACCAGACUCUCCCCCAGUGAGGGGCCUUCAAGCUACAGUGGCAAGGUUUCUCAGCUGGAAGCUCUGGUGAAGAUGUUGCAGGAGGACUUAAAGAAAGAAAGGGAAGAGAAAUUGAAACUGCAGGCACAAAUUAAGAGGCUUUGGGAGGACAAUCAGAGGCUGCAAGAAGAGUCUCAAAGCUCCGCUGCCAAGCUCAAGAAGUUCACGGAGUGGGUCUUUAACACCAUCGAUCUGAACUGAGCCAAGAUCAAUAGACUUCUCGAGGACCAGACAGCCAUGGAAGAGACUUAUACUCACAAUUGAGAACGGAUAGAGAAUUGUCCAUUCACAAUUCAACAUAAUUAGAUGUUCACAUUAGCAUUCCUUUACAAACUAUUAACACAUCUGUGGUGAUAAUGACCAAUUCUGACAUGGAUCAAAUUCAAGAUAGGGAAAAAAUACAAACAUUUAGCCCAUUUCUGUGAUUACUUCUCCACUCUAGAUCCCCCGGGACAUCAUUAGAAAUGCCCACAGGAGUUUCUAGUAACUGACUGUGAUGCCAGCCUCUGCCUUCCAGGCUGUUCCACUUUUGUCCCUCCCGUGCCCCACUUAGCCGUGACAACCUGACAUUCGGUUCCAGUCAUUUGGAUCGUGCUAUAGACCUGCCCCAUGAAGACCCCCUGCCUCAGAGUUCUCUGCUACAUGACCAUAUUUCAGCAUCCAGCACCACGUCGUAACAUUUCACGGCACCAUUGUGGUUUUGGAGUUUGCUUUUGUCCUCAACUAUAGAAAGCCUGUUCGCAAUGUUCUGGCGAAACCAAUCUACAAACUUCAUGUGCCACCCUGCUCUUCAGAUACUAUUUGUGUUUUAAGUGAAGGAACACCAUUUUUCUGAGGCGGCAUGAAGUGAUUUGCUCAUAAUGAAGUCAAAAUUUGUGUUGUGAUGUUUCAUCUCAACAUCAAUUUAAGCAAUAGCAUGGAGUCUGUCUAAAUCCUUGUCCUGAAGACUGAACUUGCAAAUAUAAUGACUUUGGCAAUAUCCUGCCUCGAUUCCUCUCAAGUACAUCUCAAGUCUACGGUACGAACGCUGAUGAUCCUACAAGUCUGGAAUUUAAGGACAAGUUUUAUUUUGGGAACAGUUCGGUUAUUUAUUCUGUUUAUGGUAUGAGUAAUCAAUUAUGAUUCUCUAUGCGUGUGGACAUCUGUGAAUAGUGUUUAAUUCAGAAGAUGUCACUUCAUUUGGACUUAUUUUUUGGUAUUAUUUUUAUUUCUAGUAGAGUUUUGCCUGAGCUGCAGUAUUUUUUUGUUGUGCGAGUUAUGGUGCCCUAGUCUGCUAUUGUGUUGCUUUAGUGCCAUCUAGUGGUAAUAAGUGAUCGUCUCACUUGACUUCAGCUCUAAUCUAUUCCAGUUUGUUUUUCUACGUUGCCUAUACACACCCAUAUUGAUGGAAACCUUCCAUUCAAUCAAGAGAUAAUGGUAUAUAAGCAGAUACACAGAUAUUGGAUUCAAUAUCAGGGAUGAGAGGUUUUCUGAGAAAAGGGGAAAAAAGGAAAGAGAAAAAAAAACUAGGAGCGGUUUCAAAGAUGUAUGUGAACUCAUUACAGGAGACAUGAGUUCUCAUGAAAAAUGCAAUGGGCUGCUCACAGGAACUAGCCUCAGAAAGAAUGCACUCACACAGAGUCAUUUCUCUGGUGCUGGGGCCGUCAUUGCACAGUAAGCGCAGAACCAGAGGGACGGCUUAGUCAAGAGCCUGGUUCACUGUCUGGAACCAAUAAUAUUGAACAACUUCCCUGUAAUCUCACACCCGGUUAUAGCACUUUCCUCUUGUUGUCAGUUCCUCACUCCCUCGUAUGAACAUAGUGGCAUUCCCAGAGCAAAAAGGUCAGUCAUUAAAGAUAAAAAAUCCCGCCCUACUUAUAUCACUGACCCAAGUAAUGUAUAUUGUAUAGAUCUCCAUGUUCUGGUUUGCAGGGCCUGUUUAUACUGUUCAGGAAAUGCUAGCUGGUUUCUCAGUAUAAUGAAGAUGGAAUCAAUUUCUGGAUACUUUAAGUAUUAUGAAGAAGAUGUGCACAAUGGAUCCGGAGGUAACUAUGAUUUGAGUUUGUGAAAAGUGAGCAGUCAUUAUUGGUUCUGUUUUAGGAAUCACUCGAAGUGUCUCAGAAAGUGCCUCCUGAUGCCAGCAGAGAAUGACACUAAAAUUUGCCAAACAUUUUGCCUCGGUAAAAAAAUCCCUGUAAACAGGGAUGACCUGCACAACAUGGAGAACGACGAGUUUAUUAGUAUCCAUUCCAGAUUUUGUUUCAUUAGUCAGGAAGGUGAAACAAGAGCAUCAAACUCCCUGACUGCAGAAAACACCACUGCUAUUCACUCUCAUAUCUCUCCCCUCAUUU